AUGGACUGCCGCGCCGCUGGCCUCGUCGCCGCGCUGUCGUGCGAGGCCGCCAGGGACGCCACGACCUUCGACAUGCCAGCCUCCGGUGACGUGCUCUCCGCCAAGGACGAGGCCAACGUCGCCGCCAACAUCAAGGUGCUCGUCUUCGGCUCCAUGGUUGUCGGUGCUGCCGGGGGCGCCCUCGCCGCCGCCGCCACGUUCGCCAAGGUCCCUGUGAGCGGCGUCGACGGCGUGACGAGAUCAACGAGGAGGAGGAGUCCGCCAUGGCCGCGCCCGUCAACGCUGGCUAUAGCUGCGACGAUUUCGGCUGCAACGGCGGAGUCCAGGACUGGUACGAGUCGCCCGGGUAUCCUUCACGUGGCUGGGCUAAGAUGGGCCGGCUGUAGGCUUCCAAGACUAGUUUGGUUCUGGCGUUUUGUGGGCUCACGGUUGGAUCUGAAACGGACGGUUCAGAUGCAUGACUGUAGAGACAAGUCGAUUUGCCCGACUGCAGAGGGUCUCAUUCCACCUCGUCGCCGGCAGCACCAGCGCCCAGCGGCGGGCAUCAACAGCAGGGGAAAACGGACAGCUAUGGAAGACUUUCUGCACCUGCAUGUGGGCACCAUAUGCCCUAGUUGUUCCAAUUCAAUGAAUGUUGCAAUGAGACAUGUCAAAGCCGAUGGGUUGGUGGCUGGGACUGCCACGUACACUGUCAAGGACGAUCUCUCAAUAACUCCGGCAUCUAGCGUGUCUAGCAUUGCCUUGCUCGCACAGAGUGGUGUGAAGGAUCUGAGCACGCUGCAAGAAAGGAUCGUGAAGAUUGGCAAGGAAGAGGUUGCAUACUUAUUUAUUAUUCUCCUUUGGACAGAGGACAAAUCAGCUAUAACCCCUUUCAUGCUCAAGAACUACUGCCAGUGGGGUCUUCCAUGCUUUGAUGACCAUUUCACAUGGCAUGUCCCUAUGAAUAAAUCCUCCUUCUCUAGAAAGAAAAACAUAAUCCAACUCCUCGUCUAUUAUACCAAUUCAGGAGAGAUCACAAGAAUCACUAACUGCCAUGGCAUCCAAGACCAGCUUCAAGAGCUUUCUUCUGCGAGUUUCUGCAGCUCUUGUCAUCCUAGGAAACCUCACCUGCAGUUGCUUGAAUUCAGCUACCCAACCUUCGACACAGCCAACCAGGCUGAUUUCAGCUUCAGCCCAGGCUCAGGAAUUGCAAAUGGAUCCCUGCAGAUCACGCCAAGCACCGGAAACAUCAGCGGCCGAUCAGGAAGGGUCUGCUACUUAAGGGAGACUCUCAACCUUUGGAACAGCAAUAUGACAGCGCCUGCGUCGUUCUUCACCGAGUUCGUGCUCAACAUCCAGCCACAGAACGGGACUGUUGGAGAAGGUAUGGCUUUCAUACUCACAAAUAACCCGGCACUUCCCAGCGACAGCAGCGGGCAGUGGCUCGGCAUCACCAACAACCAGACGGAUGGCGCAACCAAGAACCGGGUUGUCGCGGUAGAGUUUGACACGAGGAAGAGCUUCAAGGACGACCCCGAUGGAAACCAUGUCGGGAUCGACAUCAACAGCAUCAACUCAACUUACUGGUACCCAAAUAGAGUACGCACUGCUGCAAUGUUGAGAAUACAAGCAGUCCAGAAAGGUCACACCUUCGAGUAUUUUUGGCCCCUUGAUCUGUCACGGCAUCUCUUGUUGGAGAACCUCACUCUCAGUUUUGCAGCUUCAACCGGCGAUUUCGCUGUACUGAAUCAGAUAAAGUCAUGGAAUUUUAGUACGCCUGGCGCUGACUCCAACAGUAAAUUGGGGCAUAGGAGGAAGCUGACUUUGGUUCUUGCCUUACUGGCCCUAUUUCUGAUUGCUCUGUCAUCGUCUCUGGUGUUCUUCGUAUGGCGAAGGAUGACAGGACUGCGAAGGCCAUCCUACCGCAACCUGGAGAAGAUGAUCGACGCACAUGGUCCGGUCAGAUUCAAGCUCAGGGAGCUGAGGAGUGCAACUGCCAACUUCAGUCCUGCUCUGCUGGACAAUGGCGCCGAGCUUGACCCAGCGCAGGUGGAGCGCGCGGUGAGGCUGGCAUUGGCGUGCUGCCAUCCGAACCCGAGAGAGAGGCCGUCCAUGAGGACGGCGGUGCAGGUGCUGAUCGGCGGAGCUAAGGCGCCUGAGCCGCCGAUCCACAAGCCCGCGUUUGUUUGGCCUCCUCGCGGUGAUGAGGCUCCGGAGAUCGAGCUGCUGGAUGUCGGUCUGCUUUUCACGGGAGGGCAGACAACCUAUUGUUCGUUGAGCUGUUCAUCAUUCACUGGAAGGUGA